AUGUUACUGUGCCUGCGCUUAGACUCGGCUUCGGAGAAAGUCUCCCGACAUCGGAAUGCCAAAUGCUUAUAUUCGGGAGAAACUCGCGUAAACCCUAGAGAUCCCGAGGUCGAAGCUUUGAGCGGCGCAGGUCAUUCGAAGACGUCAAUCACUGAAUUGAAGACUGCGACGAAGAAUUCCAUCAACACGACAUUACUUGGUCUUCCAGCGUCAACUCGAGCUCUCCUUGAUUCUGCUCGUCCAGCCGGAGAGACGCACUCUAUAGACAUGCUAUCGACAGCUGGACAAUCCGCCCUGCGGGCAGUCCGCGCCCGCCCUCCUUCCCACACCCUUCUAAACCAGUUCCAAUCGUCAUCCCUCGCACGACUACUCUCCACACUCGCCAUUCUUGAGCAACGCGACGGCAAACUCAACAGCGGUUCAUUAGGAGCAAUCACAGCUGGGGCAAAGCUCGGAGGUUCUGUACAUGGCUUUGUGGCCGGAAAAUCAGCCAAGGCCGUCGCACAAGAAGCGUCCAAAAUCAAAGGCCUAGAGAAGGUCAUCGCGGUGGAGAAUGAGGCAUAUGACCGAGGGCUACCCGAGAACUGGGCACCGCUGCUGGUGGAGAAUAUCAAGAAGGGCGGCUACACGCAUGUGAUUGCAGCGCAUUCCGCGUUUGGCAAGAGUCUACUCCCUCGAGUGGCGGCGUUGUUGGACGUGCAGCAGAUUUCGGACGUGAUGGGUAUUGAGGGAGAAGACACCUUUGUCCGACCUAUUUACGCAGGCAACGCGAUCCUCACCGUCCAGAGCAGCGACCCUACCAAACUACUAACAGUGCGCCAAACAUCUUUUGCUCCUGCCGAAACCGAAGGCGGCUCCGCCAGCGUCGAAGAGGGCGCAGACACCAAGGUUGAAUCGUCCACGGAAUGGAUUUCUGAAAACCUGACCAAAUCGGAUCGUCCUGAACUCGCUUCGGCUGAGAAGGUUGUCUCAGGUGGCCGGGGUUUGAAAUCCAAAGAAGAAUUUGACCGAUUGAUGCCUCCUCUGGCAGAUGCGUUGGGCGCGGCCAUCGGGGCUUCGAGAGCUGCGGUGGACAGUGGCUUUGCAGACAACAGUUUGCAGGUGGGCCAAACCGGCAAGAAUGUCGCACCUCAACUCUAUUUGGCCGUGGGAAUCUCUGGCGCCAUCCAACAUCUUGCGGGCAUGAAGGAUAGCAAAGUCAUUGCAUGUAUCAACAAGGACCCGGAUGCGCCUAUCUUUCAAGUGGCGGACGUGGGAUUGGUCGGGGAUCUGUUCGAGAGGGUCCCUGAGUUGACGGAGAAACUAAAGUCCCAAUGA